CAAUCCAGCGCUUCUUUCUACUGUGCAGAGUGAAAAACAGGUACAUUGUCCUUAAUUCCCUUUUUCUGUUUGUGUUUGCAUGAUAUGCUUCAUAAUCAAAUAUUAUGCCUUACAGAACUACUUGACUUUUGCAGAGUUUUCUAUAUGAAGGUGUUUCUACAGUUCCUCUGAAUGAUCUUCCGGAUUUUAGUACUGAUUCAGCUAGCUGUAACAUUCAAGCUUCUGAUACAUUUGCUUCUACUGUUCCAUUGAAUGCCAAUCCAGUGAUUCUUUCUACUGUGCAGAGUGAAAAACAGAGUCUUCUAUAUGAAGGUGUUUCUACAGUUCCUCUGAAUGCUCUUCCGGAUUUUAGCCCUGUCCAUAUUGGACUUUCACCAAACACGAGAGUAGCUGGCGAUAUUAAGGUGAAUAGCUAUUUUAAGACAAAGAGAGAGUUGAUGUUGAGGAUGAAGAAAUGGGCUUUAGAGUGGAAGUUUGAGUACAAGACUGUCUCUUCUAACAAGUCAAGAGUGCUUUUGAGUUGUGUUGAUGAAAAUUGCACGUGGAGGAUGCGUGCUAUCAAGCUACCUGUUUCAGAUUUUUUCGUUGUUAAAAAGUAUGUUCAUGAGCAUACAUGCGAUACAACACACAGGAAAGCCAACCACAGACAAGCAUCUGCAAAGUUGUUGGGUUCUUUGAUUUCCAGCAAUUAUGGAGAAAAAAAGGAAGGUCUCAAACCGAAACAGAUCAUUGAACAGGUCAGGAUGCUGCAUGGUGUUCACAUCAAUUACAAACAAGCUUGGAGAGUGAGAGAAGAAGCUCAGAUUUUGGUUAGAGGGACUCCUGAAGACAGCUAUUACAAUUUGUCUAGGUGGUUGUAUAAAAUCACAGAAACAAACCCUGGUUCCUUGACUUAUCAACAUGUUGAUGCUGCAGGAAAGUUCAAGUAUGCAUUUGUGGCUUUUGGUCCAUCGAUAAGGGGAUUCUCAUUGAUGAGGAGAGUUAUUGCAGUAGAUGGUACAUUUCUGAAGGGAAAAUUCAAUGGGACUUUAUUGGCAGCUUGUGCUCAAGAUGGGAAUUAUCAUCUAUAUCCUCUCGCCUUUGCAGUGGUUGACGCAGAAAACGGCGCCUCUUGGAAAUGGUUCUUUAGAGGUUUGAGCCAGAAGAUCCCGGACGCUUCGGAUCUUGUUUUUUGUAUCAGACAGGGCUAACUCCAUUUCUUCAGCGUUAGAGGAUGUAUAUCCCUUAUCUCACCAUGGAAUUUGCAGGAUCCAUCUGCUCCGCAACAUCACUCCUACAUAUGCGAAGACUGGGUUGCUACCUCUGGUGGAAAGCGCUGCUGAUGCCUAUACGUGUCACGAGUUCUGGUUAAUCUUCAAGGACAUAAAGGAUAAAUGUCCUGAAUUGGCUAAGUAUCUGGAAGAGUCUGAUUUUAGGAAGUGGGCACGAAGCUAUGCGCCUGCGAACAGGUAUAAUAUCAUGACUACCAACAUUGCAGAGUCUCUCAAUUCUAUGU